CCUUGGUAAACGACAAACCUACGAACAUCGCCGUCGCUAACAUCACGUCUAGAAGUGCUGUAAUAUCUUGGCUAGAUCCUAAAAACCAUGGAAGAUAUGGUCUUUUACGCUUUAGGAUCAAACUGAAGAAAAACGUUGUAAUCAGAAGCUUGACCACACGUCAAAAAGUGAAUGAAUACAAAAUUGAUAAUCUCACUCCGCAUACUACAUACGAAAUAUCCGUAGCUGCUGGAAAUUACAAAGGUUAUAGUGAGGGGACUAUUACUACGUUCCUAACAUCUGAAGAAG